GAGCCGUAUAUUGGUAUGCCGCCCUCUAUCGACUACUUAUUGAAGACUGUAAACCAAGAUGGCAGCGCCCGUGGCUCUCUAUAACAAAACGUCAGCUGAUGAUUCUGUUCAAGUCACAUUAGAGGACCAACAGAAGAUAAACAUAUUUGCAAGAAAAACAAACAAGUUAGGUGAACUGCAAGUGGAGAUCCAGAGCAAACAGAAAGAUGUUCAGAAUAUGCAAGAUGCACUUGAUGAGCUUGAGCUUGGAGAUGACGAUGCUUCGAUACCGUAUAUGAUAGGUGAAGUAUUCGUCAGUAAAAGUGUGAUUGAUGCGACGGCCCUAUUGGAACAAGCCAAAGUAGAGAAAGAAGAUGAGAUUUCAUCAUUAGAGAGACAGUGUGAAUCCAUCAAAGGAACAUUGUCUGAUCUUAAAGCUCAGCUUUAUGCUAAAUUUGGCAACAAUAUUAAUCUAGAAAUGGAUGAAGCUUAGCAACUUGAAUCCACUUUUGAAAUGUGUGGCUGUUCUUUUAACAUUUACUGCGUGUUUACUGUAGUUAUUUGAGAUUUGUUUGUGCUGUACUGGAAGUACCACAAGAAGGCAUAGAAGCAGUGUUUUACAUUCACUCUGAGUACAUGAGGAUGGUAUUGUGAUUGACUUCAAUCCUUUGGGCUAGAGUUGGUAACUGUCCAAAGAUGACUUCAAAAUUUGAUUUUGUGACAUUGCAUCUUGUUAUACCUACACAUAGGUAACAAAAAGUUUUAUUGGUCGAGAACAAAUCACAUGAUGUGAUUCAAAAAGGCAUGAUGUGAUUCAAAAUUCAUGUUACGCUUUGCGCUGUGCAGCAGCACAGCGCAAAGGGUAACAUGAAUUUUGUUUACCUGUGUACAUCACCUUGAUCAUUCCCAUUGUUGGUGCAUUUCCAGCGCUUUGUAUAAAAAAUUGUUGCACACUGUGAUGGGGGUCCAUGGGUUUUGUACUUCCUCGGGGGCAAAUGCUCGGGUGCCAUUUUCCCACUCGGGUGCCAUUUUUCCCCUCGCGUGUACAAACAAGCAUCCUGUCACAAAGUGCAACAAUUGUAUAAUGUAAAAGGAUGUCGUUUACAUAAUGGCUGUUCAUACCAUAUUUACUAAUACUUUCAAUUAGUAUUGAAAUGGACUUUAUUUUUCACUUUGACACUAUCUUUGAAUGUAUUUUUUUUAACUUUAACAAGUGUAAUGUACAUCAAGGCAAAAUGGCUGCUUUAUAGAAUUGCAAUGAAGGCCUAAUUUGGUGUAGGUCCUGCCCCUUUAAUGGGCACAGUGAUACUUAUGCAUGCUCAAGUCUGAUCUACACUGGGCUGAUCCAGUUAAAUUUUAGUCAUUGUUCUGUAGUGAUGUUGUUUUCAGUUUUAUAACAUGUUUACAGUCAUUGUUUUGACCCACGCCGGCAGAAAACAGAUUUGAACACUGAAUAUAAUUAUUCCAGUUUGUCAUUGUUUGAUGCUUUUACAGCAGGUCUGAUUUGAAUCCUUGGUGCAAACUCAGACAGGUCAGUUAUGAAUCUUAACAGGGUUUCCACUGUGUAUUUGUAUUUGCUUACAGACGAUACAAACUGUUUACAUAAAGUGAUUUUCGUUGAGAGGAUUUGAUGCAUCAAAGAACCGUUCAUUAAUAAUAUUGACUGUAAUUAUGGCUGUCUGUGUUAUUAUAGAUGCAGGUUGUUUUCCUUUGAAGAAUAAACAAGCCAUAACC